CGUCGUGACUCAGGCAAAGCCAAACACAGCGACAGGGCGUGCACCUGCCAGCCACUCUCGAAUUUGAGAAAGAAAAAAAACAGUGCUUAUCAAAAUUGCCCCACAUCGGAAGGAAAAGUAGCGGUGCAGCUUUUCCGCUUGGAUAAGGGGAAGCACAAUCAGCAAAAGUGGAGAGACAGGUGAAGACCUACCGAGCACCACCCGCGAAGUCUGUGUCGCGCUUUGUUUCAGUGAGCUCGUCGUGUUGCGUAUUUUAGAAAAAAGCAGGGCUGUAGCGAGGCGCGGCUCUCAGGGCCCUCCAACAGGCAGCGAUGGCUAAAAAGAGAAGCCUCGCGGGAAACUGCGCCUUGGCGGUUUUUGCCCUGACGUUCGUGUGCGUGUUCGUGGCCUUUUGCUCACCCAGUUGGAUCGUCAGCGACUACCGAAUUACAGGGGCGCGACUUGAGAGGUUCGGUCUGUGGGCCCACUGCUUCAGGUCGCUGCCUGACCCCACCGACGAGUACCAAAGACGCUUCUUCGUCGGCUGCAGGUGGAUUUACGACCCCUUCACCACCGGCUACGACAAGAUCAGGGGAUUCCUUCUUCCUCCUUUCAUAAUCGCGACGCAGUUUUUCUACACGGUGGCAUUUAUUUUAACACUCGUCGCAUUUGGCCUCUGCCUCUUGUAUGGGCUUUGUUGUGGACCUGACCAAUCAAGAUAUGUGAAACUGAUUGCAAUUAUUGGACUGGACCUAUUAGCAGCUGGCUUUAGUGCAGCGAUAGCAGUGGUGGUCUUUGCAAGUUUGGCAAACAGACAGGGCUGGAUGCCAGGUCAGCGCAACAACUUCUUUGGCUGGUCAUUCGCACUGGCCGUGGCCGGAGUUUUCGCUUCGAUCGUGGCCGGAACUUUGUUCCUGAUCGAGACGAGCAUCCAGAAGAGAAAGGCGCGCGACCUGAGGGACUCGCAGGCCAGGUUCAGCAUAGAGGAGACCAAGGCGUAGGAGAAGUGGCCAUGAUCCUGAAUUAGCGACUGAUUUCGGCAAACCUGCAGUGAAUACGCACAAUGUUAACGCACCCGUACGACAAAUCUCCACUUUGUCCUCAACCGAUCUUCAAAAGUAGAAAUAAGCUCUGUAUUAAAGGGAAUGGAAACUUUCAGAAGAGCAAAUUUUCAUUGUGGUUGAUAUUUUAAUUUUCUUUGUGGGUCAAGUCUAACGUUUUUUUUUUUUUUUUUUUUUUACAUCAAUAAUUUUAAUUUUUGGUCGAAAAUUUACUUAAAAUGUUUACAAUGCAUGGAUUUUGCAUGGGAAAUUUGCAAGUAUAACUGACUCCAAAAAUUAUUUCAUAAAAAUGUUAGUCCAUCAAGAUCUUAACAUUAACAAUACCAGUUAAAUUUUUGAAGGUUUUCAGACCCUUUAAGUUUAUUCCAUCUCAGUUUCGGUAAUCAAAAGUUAUUGAGUUUUCUUCAAAAAUUUUGAACCUCAGCAUUAUUUUGCAAAACGAUUCAGUUCAAAUUCCAUAAGCUUAGGUUGAUUUUCUUUGUUAACUCAGUGUUCAUUUUCUCAUGAUAUUUUAAGUAAGUAAAUUAAGCUAGUUAAACCAUUCCAUUUUGUAAAAUUAAAUUAUAUUCCGUCCAGGAAACAUUUUCGAAGGUGAACCACAUUCCAGGCAUGCAAAUGACCUGCUUUCGUGUGCUGCUGAUACCUUUGAAAAGGCAGACAAAAGUUAUUUUUUGUGUGUGCUGGCUAAAGCUAGAUAAAAGGCAUGAAAAUGCGCCACCAGUAAAAAUUACUCAUCCGUCCAUCAGUGACUCACUGAACAGUGAAAGUGUGAAUACAUUUUUUAUUAUAUAUCAUUCCUUGAGCAACCAGGGAGAAACUUGAAGAUUGAAAACAAACCGUCCAUUUUUCAGAAGAAAUGUUUGUAGAAACUAAGUAAAAGGGAGACGUUUUGAAUCACAACUUAUUUGUUGACGAAAAUUUUAGUUUAUAAUUCUAUUGUUCAACGUGUAUGUAAAGCAAUAAUUAUGUUUUUUACUAAUAAACAUUGAGAAAUUUGUAUUAAAUUGCGAAUAA